AUGCCAACUGGAGCUGAAGCAAGCAAUCACAGCACAGAUGAUAACGAAGUGGAUGCGAGGAGCACGAAUGAAAAGCCCCCGUCGGACUCCAAACGCAUGAAUGAUAGGCCAUUCAUUCUGGAUGGUAUGCUUAAUAGCAUGCUUCCACACAUCGGCCCGCUUGAUCUCAGUCUGUAUGCCUUCUUCAGUGCUUAUUUUCGUUAUGUCGGUGUGCGAAAAUCAGGUAAAUCAUGCUUGGCAGCUCUUAUAGCCAAAAAUUCGGACAUUUCGAUUAUCAAAAUAUACUCGCCAGAUGAUUUCCUCGGCAUGGAUGAAGCAGCAAAAGUGGCGAAGUUGAAAGAAAUCUUCGAAGAGCUCAGUCAACUCCGUCUGUGCAUUUUGCUGCUCGAUGAUUUAGAAAUGCUAAUUGACUACUGGGGAUUUGGUGAUCGUUAUUCAAGCAUAGUUUUACGAACAAUUAUAUUACUGCUGCGAAAAACAGCACAAAAACCAAGCAGCAAUCGUUUAAUUGUGAUAGCUACAGUAACCUCGGAGUGCGCGAAAUAUCUGAGUCUCCGUGAUUGUUUCACCCGCACUAUCGAGGUACCCGUACUGACUGAGGUGGCACAUCUGAUGGCCGUUAUCGAAGAUUCGAAUAUAUUCGAUAAGCAACAGUGCCAAGCGUUGGCAAAUCGACUGGAGAAGGAAUCAAAAAAAUAUUUAAUUGGCAUCAAACAGCUGCUGACUGAUAUUGAACUGACCAAAUAUUGUCCGAGCGAACUUCGAUUGCCCACUCUGCUCCAACAAAUAUGCUAUUGCAAGCAGUAA